AGUGCCGUGCCGGGCGACCGACGCGCCAGGGGGCAUGGCGAGCUAGCGGGCUCCGGCGGUCAGGCAGCAGUGUCCGGUCCAUGGCGGCGAGUGCCAGGUGACACGACCCGGCCAGUAGCUUCUCCCCGCGAUGCCCGCCGGAGCGGGCAGGACCCUGCUGCACUUCCGCGACAUGCCGCCGCACCUGCAGUUCAACCCCUACAUCUUCACCGGCUACCGGCCGCUGCUCUCCUUCUGGGGCAGCAUCAACAGCCUGUUCUACCUGCACAACGAGACCAUCAACAUCGUGACGCACGGGGUGCCCAUCGUGUACAUCCUGGUGACGGUGCCCGCGCUGCUGCCCUGGGAGCAGGUGGACUCGACCUUCCUGCCGUGGUGCCACAUCGCCGGCUCGGUGGCGCCGUGGAUCGGCAGCUUCCUGUACCACCUGUUCAUGAACCUGGAGCGGGGCGAGCUCAUCUACUACCGCCUGCUGCAGCUGGACAUGCUGGGCAUCUGGGUCAGCCAGAGCUUCGGAGCCCUGCCGAUGGUGUGCGCGUCAGUGCACUGCCUGCCGUGGCUACUGCGCUGGUUCCUCAUCCUGUCCUACUGCCUGCUGUCCGUCUGGGGGCUCUACAAGGCGAUGACCGCGUGGUCGCCGUGGGAGCGGCGGCUGUGCUUCCUGCUGCCGUUCGUGAUGCGGGGCGCGCUGUGCGUGCUGCGGCUGUCCGUGCAUGGAGGGGGUGACCCAGGCUCUCUGGUGCACGUGGUGCUGCAGGACGUGGUGUCGGCGCUGGGCGGCGCCAUCGGGGCCAUGCACAUCCCGGAGAAGUGGUUCCCCGGCACGGUCGACCUCUACCUCAACUCCCACAACAUCAUGCACGUGCUGGUGGUGAUGGCGGUGUACUCCAUGCACCAGGCCACCGUGCUGGACCUGGUGUGGAUGAGCCGGGUGGACUGCGCGGCGCGGCACGUCGCCCUGCCGAGCCCGCGCGCCGGCUCGGAGCUGUGACUGGGCCGUCUGCCGCUGGACCGCUCCUCCAGCACACUUGACAGUUUGAUACACUGUCUGCACUCUUCACUGAAGCUCUGCACGAGAUUUUGAACACCGCGACUGUUAUUGAAUGACAAGUGGCUGUGCCGAUUCUCCCAGAAAGCAAUAAACCCACGAACCAAUUCCUCCAAACGUUUGCUAACGACACUAAGGCUAGAAGGCAGGGGAAAAAAAAACAACCAACAGCCACCGCCGUUGUUGAUGGCGACUAGCCGUGUCUAGGCGGUGUGCUACGGCCCAGAUCCCGGGCACCAUGUGGUACAAAUGGACACUCACCGUACCAGUCAUGCAAACUGGUAGAAGAUGGCGUACAAGAGCAAUAAGCAAAUAAUUGUUAUGAGAUAAAUGAGAGUUGGGUGGAUACUCUUGCAUUAUACACCCUUGCAAUGUAAGCACUUCUGCAGUAAAUUAAGUUACUAUUUACUCCAUGUUAAAAAAUGAAAAUAAGUUCCCGUGCAUCCAACAAAAAAACCUAUGUUCCUAAUCAGAGUUAAUUCACAGCUUAGUAAAAUUACACAUGAUUAAAAUUUACUGGUUGAAUUUAUAUAAAACAAUUUUUUUUUUACAAAAUAGACUAGAUAUUGUAGAUUUAAUGAAGACCGAAUUUAAAGUCAGUUUAUGAUGGUUAUUGUUUUUAUACCUUCACAAAGCAUUACCAAACUUUGACAUUCAUAAGAUGCUUUAUCACACUUAAAAAUAAUUAUUAAGUAGUGGUGAGCAAAAAUACACGUAUCAGAAUCAUAUACCUAUGUCAUACAAGCAACUAGGAAAGUAAUGGUACAAAUGUGGAAACAUAAAAAGACCAAAAUGUAAUUGCUCUUUAAAAUACAACUACCAUCAUUUUCUGACAUUAAUUUUUGCUUCAUUCCAUCGUGUGUUUUUUUUUAGUUAAGGUAAAAUAUUCCGACCAAAACUGUUGGCACAGUAAGCCCAAAGGUGCUUGGCAAUCCAGUGCAAGGAACGAUUGUAAAUGCUGUGCUCACUUCAAGGAGCUGUCGCAUUCACACGUGUGUGUUGCCUUCAAACUAGACAGUACACAAAAUACUUUCCAAAGUUGAACCAAAAUUAAAAUUAAGUGCAAUGUAAAUAACUUAUCAAUACUUUUUUGGCAUAAUUUAGAAAAGGAUGUUCCCUCAUCUUUGUGAAGUGUAGUUGCUUAAAACAUUUUGCCAUAUAUGAAAUGCAUUACAGUGCGAAAAUAGUACAUUUAUUAUCACACAUAAAUAAGGUAUAACCUUCCACCCGGCACCAAGGCAUUUAAAGUGGUUAAAAAAAUUUUCAAAAUUAAAAAGUAAUUAUUUCAGACAGUUCUCAAACUUUUUUUAAUAGUCCCUCACAAACACUUGAAAAAAAAAUAUUUCUAUUUUCAAUGCUGAAAACCUAUAAUUCUGAAAUGACUCUUACUCAUUUAUUCCAGUAAUGCCCUUUAUAGCGGGCUACAGCUGUGAUACAGCCGCACACGAUUUGUGCAUUGGAACUAGAGAGAAAAAGGGAUGAUCACACAUCUGCUUAUGUAACGAGUUAGGAAGAACUCCAGUUUCAAACAAGUACAGAUUCAUCCACUACGUAUGAUCAGCCUUUCAAAGCUGAAGGUGUAUGCAUAUUUGAAGCACUUUUCUCUACUGGUUACUGAUUCCAGCACUUACCAACAGAACAAGCUAUGGAGGGGGAAGGAAGCUGGUAACUUUACUCCCCCCUUCUUAAAAUCCUGGUUAAAUACGCCUAUUCAGUGCUGUUUCCACUAGCAGCACUGUUUGUUUUCAGUUGAGUAAAAAUGUUUUUAUGGACAUACACCAUUGCUGGUUAAACUGUUUGUUAUAAAACACCUCAAUAAUGAACAAAAAAAAAAGAUAAAUAGGUAAACAGACAGAAAAUAAGCCAAAAUCGGCUGCCGUCAAAAGUUAAAAUCAUAGAGAGCAAAGAAAUUUCCGUGCACAUAGUGGGCUGAAAAGACUGUCUAUCUGUACUGUAAUAUUUUAUUAAUUAAUUCCUUUCAUAAAAUUUUAUGUGAUGUCUAUGUUUUUAACUUUUAACAUUGACUGAUUUUAGCAGGUUUAUCGUGUGUUUGCAUAUUCAUCUUUUUUUUGUUUGGUAUUGAGGUAUUUUAUGACAGUGUAGAGUGUAACCAUUAAUGGGAUAUGGUCAAAAAAAAUUUAAAGCACUCUUCCCCACUGCAAGAAUUAUUUAAAGAAUGUUUCAAUUCUCAGUGUUGCUUAAGCAGCGCAUGUGGCAUUGCUAUGUCACAGUGACACCAGUAUCUUGAUUCAACCCAUACUGAUUAGGACCCAUCUAGGCUUUGGACUGAAGAUGGAAAAGACACAAAGAAUACUUUGCAAUCACGUCAGUUUUUGUAAGAGAUGCGCUAGUAUGUAUCACAGUUAAUGUAACAAUUUAUAAAAUCACAAUAUCUCUUGUAAAAUACUAUCAUUAAACUGAGUAAAGAAGCCUCCCCUUACAAAAAUCAGAAUACAUAACAUACUGAUGAACUAAACUUAAUAUUAACACAUUUUGACAAAGAUAAACUUUAAUAUUGGAGAAGUAUCAAAAUUAUUGAAUAAAGUUUGCACUUUAACAUAAGUAAGAAAAACCACUCAUACUGGAGCUCAGUAAAAUUUUCAAACAAAUUACGUGCAGAAUCAAAACUAAUUUUAAUGAGAAAUUAUUACUUACACUUUUGUUAAUAACUACUGACAGAAUUUCCAUGCAAAGAAAGAUGCGUACAUGCCAAUGAUACUGUUCAUGUAAACAUUAAUUACAAUGUCAAAAAUUAAUUUAAAAAAGAAGAUAGAACUCUAAUUAAAGAAUAUUAGUGAUUGCCUCCUUGCAUCUUGGGAAUUUAAACAAUUUCCACAGCUUAGCAAGUUACCUGUACAUAUGGAAAUAAAAAUUAUGUCAUUUCAAAUAAAAUACAGUAAUUUUAUAAUUUUAUCCCAGUGAGAUAAAUAGGUAUAGUAUCGCUUGUAUGAUUUUAAAGUGCUACAUAUUUAUUGAUGACUUAACAAAAGAUUUUCACUGUGAACUGAAAAUAUGAAACUAAAAUUUAGCAGCAUUUGCUUAGAUUGGUAUCUAAAAAAACCGAUUGCAGGGCAGCCACUCUCGCAGUAACACUUGUCUUCCACGCUUACAUGCUCCACAAAGCCUGGCUCACUCUCACAUCUUGACCUGAUAACACUAAGGUCUGAAAACAUGUACAUUCUUCUACAAUCUACACUGUUAGGGUUCCCCUCCCCACUAAAAACUUCAUAGUAAUUGAAGCUAUAACUAAUUUAAAUAUGAACUAGAAACAAAAAAAAAAUAUAUUAUUUCAGUCCUUUCUCUAAAUAUAAAUGAUGCCUAGUAAAAUCCUUAGUGAAUAUGUACAUAUAAUAAAUUAGAAUUUAACAAAAUUUUCAUAUAAAGUAUAUUAUUAAUACAAUGCCAACAGUCUUGUGUACAGUGUUUGCUUUCUAAUGCGACAGUAUAAAUACCGUACAUAUUAUUGUGUACGUAUUUCAUGUAAAUACAGAUUGUAACCUUGCUAUGACAUGUGCGGUUAUAACUUACAAUAAUCAAUUUGCAACUGCAAUAAAGAUAAGCAUAUAUAACAUCACUAUGGAAAUGAUAGUUCUCUAUAGAGGCAGUUUAUUUUGUGACUGUUUGCUGUUAUAGUAAGGUUUCAGUAAUGGUUGAAAUAAUGUACAUAGCAUUAGUUAAUUUAAGUAAUUUAGUAUAGAGCUUUAGAAAAGUACGCACAGUAUUAGCAUGCCUGCCAAAUAUAUAAUGUCCAAAGUGUCACAGAAUUGAUUUUUUAAUACAGUAGAGAGAAUAUUGCAAGCAAUUUCACUCAAAUGAAAUGUAGUAUAUUUAGUAACAUUUUAAUAUUCUGUGGUGCUAAUCUAUAACGUAUGUUGAAUUAUUCCUAAAAAAGUAUGGCUCUCAAACACAAAAAUAAGGCUAAGGUGAUUAAACAGAACAGGAAAAUGGAGAAAAUGUCUACCAAAUUAAUCUGGAACUAGCUACGCAGUUACAAAUAUUUUGUUAGUCACUCAAAUUAUACUUUAAGUCUUAAAUAAAGAAUAAUGUUUUAUAUUUAUCACAAACAUUUGGACGAGAGGUAAGGGACCCAAACAACUUUUAAAAUUGGUGCUUGAAUGAAAAUACGUAACAAAUAUAUUUUGCAAACUCAUUAGAUGGUAAAGCUGACAGAUCUAUAAUCAACACUGCCAGGAUGAUUCUCAUACAUAAUUAGAGCACAGUGUUUUAGUCUGUUAGUCCACAAUCAUACAUUAUUCAGUCAAGAACUUUCCUUUAUCUUAAAUACGUUUGUUCGCAUUGCGUACAAUUUUAGACUAUUUUCAAGAUCUAUUUUAUAGCACAUGACUAAAGAAGAAUAAAUUCCAAGCUUUCCGACUAUGUAGCAUAAUUAUGGGCAGAAAUAAAAAUACAUAUAUCAUAAAUAUAUACAUAAAUCCAUAAAAAGAAA